UAUUGUGAAUCAGGUCUAAUGGACUACACUCAAUAUGCCUGCCAAUGAAGUCGCUUUACUGUCACACAAACAGACAUUCACAUAUAUACUCCAAGAGACUUGAUUUGGAAUUCGUUUUACUAGGGAUAUGGUUAAGCGAGGGGGGAGAAACUCGUUAUACAAUGGCAGCUUGGCCAUCCGUCAGCAGAGUGCGCAAAACUGUUUGAUUGUCCAGUUUUAUGAGCGUGAGAUUGAGACGGAAUCAAAGAUAUUCAACUUGUUGUUUUAUGCCAAAGCUACAAGACGUGAAAGAAAACAUACAGAGAGGACUCGGUCAAUAGAUGCUGAGAUUAUAUUUGGAAGUUGUGAUUGCGGAAACUUGUUUUGCAGCCGGAGAUCAUGGGAUAGGUCUAGAAUCGAUUGGCUAUGGAAACUGGAGCAGCAGCAAUCUCGGCUGAGGCACAUCACCAAAGGAUCUAAACCCUCAACAGAUCUAAUCAGCAAGACAACGUCAAAAGCUUCUCAAAAAAAGAUGAACUACUGGAAUUGGCUCCGGUUCAGUUGUAUUUGUGCAUCCGAUACAGAAAGUUGUGAUUUACCCUGUCAUAUAAGCACUACUGCAUGAGUAUUAUUUCGACAAUCUA